AUGGUAUCACAUGCAUCAAAUGUUAAUUGUCAAGUUUAGAUUUUGUAGAUACAAUAAAUAAUUGUGUUACUUGUAAAGAUCAAAUAAAUUAAUAAGCUGAGUCUUGUCAAUGUGAGUCUGGAUGGAUAUUUGAUGAUAAUUACUUUUGCAUAACUUGUCAAUAGCCAUAUAAAACUUGUGAGAUAAUUAUAGAUAAUAAAUAGAAUACGAUAAUAAUAAUAGAUGCUUAACAUGUUUAGAUACUAAUUAUGAACUUUAUAACAUAUCAUAAUGUGUUUGCAAUCCACUUAUUAUUCAGAUAGUCUCAUUACAUUUGCAAAGUGUUAAGAACCAUGUUAUGAAUGGAUUUAUCAACUGCAUAGAUAUAAAUCAAAUCCUAGUUCUCAAUAAAUGUUGUAUUUGUAAAUCUGGAUAUCUUUAAUAAAGUGAUUAGUAUCUUCAAUGUUAAAUUCCAUGUUCUACAUGCAUCAAUACUCUUAAUGAAUGUGUAACUUGUGUGGAUCCUAAUUAGAUAAUCAAUCAUAGGUUAUAAAUGUUUAUGUAAAGAAGAGCUUGUGAAUACUAUUUUUAAGGAAUAUAUAACUGUAAUAAUUGUAUAAAAGAUUCUAUUUGUCCAAUGUUAAUAAAUGUUUAAAAGUAUUGA